GAACCCGGUGUUUCCGACCAUUGAACUUCCCAGCAUCAAUGUAAGAAGCAUUGUUGGUUCAGUCGAGCUCUUCUGCUGCUUAACAAACUGCCAUGCUGCAGUCCGAAAGACCGUCGUAGAGUACCCCAAGCUAAAAAAAUGGUUGGAUAUGUCCCUCUAACCCGACCGUGUUGGCAUGGCCCCUUGGAUACACAACUUUCUUACGACAUCCUUCCAUCUUUUGGCAAAUACUCUUUGCGACAAGCUCCUCCUCUCCAGACGGAUCUUGGAAACAAGAUGGACGGGGAAGUAGUUCACCAGCCCUCGCCUGGAGAUGAACUGUCCUGUCGCAAUUCCUUCCGAACGCCUCCUCCAUGCCGUUUCUUUCAAAAAAUGCCCUCAACAAAUCCAACCGACGUCUUGUCUCAACCAAUACCCCAGGAAUGUCAAUGAUUUUCGCCACAUCUCCCCUUUAGAGAUUGGCUUACGUUGAAAGGGCCCAAACACAGAGGAGACAGACAAAAGCACAAAGUGGGGGAUCCUAUUGACCUGAUUCCGUUUCGAAUCUUAGUUUAUAAAGUCGGUAGCUAUCCGCUAUAUACGUGUAUGAUAUAUUAUCAGAUGACAUCUGUUUCACAGAAUUUUUACAUAAGCUACAUCAUUCGUAUUGAAAUGUCUGAACAAGGAUGUUACUUAUAACACGUAUAACCCUGUUUCUAUAAAUAUAUACUGAAUUACUGCAAAAUAUAUCUUCUGAACUGACAUAUGUAGCAAAAUUUCUCUUCUUUAUUGUCUGGAAUACACAGAAAAUUAUAUUUGUAUUUGAAUUAAUCCUUUAACAUUUCAAAUGGGCAUAUCAAUCCCAAAUAUUCUACGCAUUCUAUGUUAAAAUUGCCCACACCUCGCCUUUCACACACACCCUACAUUGUCAUUCUAAAAAUAAACAAUCACAUCAUUGAAAUCUGAACAUGAUAAGAUAAUGAAUGAUUAUUAAUAUGGCAGUUGCCAGCAUCUUCAAAUAUUAACAAAGAUUAUUAUUGAUGGAGAUAUAUCAGUAGAAAUAUUUGUUAAGAGCAAUAUACAAAAAGAAAGACAACAUUUGUAUACUGUCACAAGAGAAAAGAAGAUUAUGGAAAAUGAAUUAUAUUGGAGUGAAGUUGAAUAUAAAAGAGAGUCUGAAGAACUUGAUUUUCCUGGUGAGGAAAUGAAUGAAAAGGGCAAAAUAUCAUAUGAUUGUGAUACCUGUGGUAAAUUAUUCUCUCAGAAAGCUGACUUAGUCAUUCACAAAUGCAUUCAUACAGGAGAAAAACCAUAUCAUUGUGAUAUCUGUGGUAAAUCAUUCGUUAAUAAUAGUUACUUAACUACACACAUACGCAUUCACACAGGAGAAAAGCCAUAUCAUUGCGAUAUCUGUGGUAAAUCAUUUUCUCAGAAUGGUAACUUGUCUCUUCAUAAACGUAUUCACACAGGAGAAAAGCCAUAUCAUUGUGAUAUCUGUGGUAAAUCCUUCUCUGGAAAUUAUUACUUAACUACUCACAUACGUAUUCAUACAGGGGAAAAGCCAUAUUAUUGUGAUAUCUGUGGUAAAUCCUUCUCUGAAAGUGGUAACUUAACUAAGCACAAACUUGUCCAUACCGAAGAGAAGCCAUAUCAUUGCGAUAUCUGUGGUAAAUCAUUCUCUCAAAACGGCAACUUGACUCUUCACAAACGCAUUCAUACAGGAGAGAAGCCAUAUCAGUGUGAUAUCUGUGGUAAAUCCUUCUCUGGAAUUGAUUACUUAACUAAGCACAAGCGUGUUCAUACAGGAAAGAAGCCAUAUCAGUGUGAUAUUUGUGGUGAAUCAUUCUACGUAAAUAGUCACGUAACUAUUCACAAACGCAUUCAUACAGGAGAGAAGCCAUAUCAUUGUGAUAUCUGUGGUAAAUCAUUUUCUCAGAAUAGGAACUUGGCUCGCCACCAACGCAGUCAUACAGGAGAGAAGCCAUAUCAUUGUGAUAUCUGUGGUAAAUCCUUUUCUGAAACUGGUAACUUAACUAAGCACAAACUUGUUCAUACUGAAGAGAAGCUAUAUCAUUGCGAUAUCUGUAGUAAAUCAUUUUCUCAAAAUGGUAAUUUAACUAAGCACAAGCUUGUUCAUACCAAAGAGAAGCCAUAUCAUUGCGAUAUCUGUGGUAAAUCAUAUUCUCAAAAUGGUAACUUGACUCUUCACAAACGCAUUCAUACAGGAGAGCAGCCAUAUCAGUGUGAUAUCUGUGGUAAGCCAUUCUCUGAAACUGGUAACUUAACUAAGCACAGGCUUGUUCAUACUGAAGACAAACCAUAUCAUUGCAAUGUCUGUGGUAAAUCAUUCUCUCAAAAUGGUAACUUAACUAAGCAUAUGCUUGUUCAUACGGGAGAGAAGCCAUAUCGUUGCGAUAUCUGUGGUAAAUCAUUUUCUCGAAAUGGUACCUUGAUUCUUCACAAACGCAUUCAUACAGGAGAGAAGCCGUAUCAAUGUGAUAUCUGUGGUAAAUCCUUCUCUGGGAUUGAUUACUUAACUAAGCACAAGUGUGUUCAUGCAGGAAAGAAGCCACAUGGCUGUGAUAUUUGUGGUGAAUCAUUCUCCGGAGAUAGUGACAUAACUAUUCACAAAUGUAUUCAUACAAGAGAAAAGCCAUAUCAUUGUGAUAUCUGUGGUAAAUCAUUUGCACAAAAUAUUAAGUUGACUUAUCACAAACGCAUUCAUACAGGAGAGAAGCCAUUUCAGUGUGAUAUCUGUGGUAAAUCCUUCUCUGAAACUGGUAACUUGACUAAGCACAAGCUUGUUCAUACCAAAGAGAAGCCAUAUCAGUGUGAUAUCUGUGGUAAAUCCUUCUCUGGAAGUAAUCAUGUAACUGCUCACAAGCGUGUUCAUACAGGUGAGAAGCCAUAUCAUUGUGAUAUCUGUGGUAAAUCAUUUUCUCAAAAUAGUCACCUGACUAGACACAAACGCAUUCAUACAAGAGAAGUCACAUUACUGUAAUACCUGUGGUAAAUCAUUUCCCAAAAACUGUACUUUAUCUAGUCUCGAACAUUUUCAUACAUGAGAGAAGCCAUAUCAUUGUGACAUGUAGCAAAUGAUUUACUUAUAAAAGCAGCUUAACUACUCACAAGAGCAUCCACAUGACAGACAAACCAUUCCAGUGAUCCGUCAUCGUUCUUUUCAAGAGCAAAGGAACGCUCCUCAGUAAACAACUCCAGACUUGU